AGCAAAAUGUUCUGAAGAAAUAUUUUCAAGCACUGGCAGGUGUGUUACUGGAAGACCAGCACCAUUCACUGUGGCCAGGCUAAGAGGCUCAGCUCAGCGUGCAAAUGACGCCAUCGUUGGGAUCACAGAAACACCAUUAUCAGUUUGCACUGACAUCACUAACCCCCCACAUUCCACACACACACACCACCACCACCCGCCUUCUGCAGCACAGUCAUUGUGUUCAUCGGUCAGCCCAUUGUCUGUGUGGGGAUAUGUGGACGGUGUCGCCAAUCUCUGUCCAAACCAUGACCCAACACUGCUACUGUGGCUCAUCUUUUUCCUACUGACCUAGACAAGAUGGUGUUCCUGUGUGAUGAGACUGGGGGAGCAGGGGUCCACUGUUCUGCCUGGCACUGGGUUAGACAGCGUGAUUAUUGAUCUGUAACACCAGUACAGCCACUGUGGUGAUCAUGAGCAGACACAACACCCUGCCAGGAUGUCAGCAUCAUCAUCACUUUUCUGCUUAAAGUGAGUUGCGACCAGUGGAAGACCCAGCUUCUCCAUGUUUUGGUUCUUUUUCUGCCUCAGCUUGAAGUCAGGAUAUUUCUGCCAUAAGAACUGGAAAAUGUUCUUUGAAAUGGGAUUAUUUUUUGAGAGCCAAUAUUUGUUCUACAAAAUGAAACAGCUGUGGGAUCUUUCAGUUUUACUACUGUAAUACGUUGUCUGAUGUGAUGCAAAUGGAUGGACAGUAACACAUGAUGGUCAUUUAACACCAUGUGAGUAACUGUUUCAACCGCUUUUAAGAUGAAGCACAGGAUGUUUCUACUAAUAAUGCAGUAAGCAUUGUUGCGGUAAAGAGAAAAAUAACAAAAAAUGAUCUUUGUAAUGAUUAUCCUAUUGAGCUGCCAAGUCUGAGAUGCAUACCUUCUACUACACCAUGCAUCGGUCUCCAAGCCUCUACAUGGACCCCACCCUGAUGCAGCAACAUGUCCUGGAAGACCAGGUGGAGCUGUGGUGGUUCCGAGAGCCACGCCACUCCCUGUUGUGCUACUGUGCAUCAGUGGCCCUCAUAGUGGGGCUGGGCCUUGGUGGUGUGGGCCUCCUCUCCACAACCACCAGCCUGUCUGGAGAGUGGCGCCUCGGGGUGGGCACCACACUCUGCCUCUUAGCCCUCGCUGUUCUGCUCAAGCAACUCCUCAGCUCUGCCAUCCAGGACAUGAACUGUGUGCACAGCCGGCGUUGGAUCGACCAGCUGAAGAGCGGAGGAAGAGCUGACCCAGCACUGAUCCUGGCUGUGGGGUUGGCUGUGAUGCUCUGUGGGACAGUGCUUGUCUGUGUAUCCACAGUCAGCAGUCACAGUCACAACAGCAGAGAGAUGUUAGUGUCUGGUCUGGUGCUGAUGGCUGCUGGGACAGGCAUGGCUCUGGCUGUCGUGGGCUACAACGUGCUCAUCUACCUUCAGAGAAGAAGGCAGAGGAGGAGGAGGAGGAGGAGGAUGAGAAUGAUCAGAGCGAGGAGGCUGGGGAGUCAAGCUGUCCAGGUGUUCAGUGUCUCAGGAGGGCAGAUGAGCCAGGCCAGGAGAGAGACAUCUUCCAGCAGGACCAGUCUGAUUUGAAGGACUAAAUGGGCAAAAUCACUCAGAGAAAAAGGAGAUGAAAUUUGUCAAGUAAAUACACAAAAUAAAGGAAAAAAGUGGGGUAAAAAACUCAAUUUUAAACUUCACAACUCUUUUUCAUGUCUUUGUCAUGCCAUUAUCACAAAACUGACUACAACUGAACAUCGUCAAACAUUUACCUUUGAUGCACAAUUUUUAACACACUGCAGAGGUUUGCUGAAAAUAAACUCAGCAAGUGUGUGUGUCAAACCAAAACAUGACUGUUUUGGAUGUGUUUUGGAUGUUCUGUAGCACUUAAAGAAUAAUAACUGUGCACAUAACAGUAGCAUAUUUGACAGUAGAAUGACUAAAAUGUUGUUUUCUGUCAUACAUGAGCAAGUUCCUGCAUCUCAUACAUGUAAAACAACUUUCUGCAGGUUCAGACAGUUAAGAUGAUGGCGUGUCAUGUUAUUUCACCUCCCUGUUGUUCAUUCACAGCCAAAAAGCAAUAAUUAACAAACCACAUAACUUGAAUGAUUAUGUUUUACUUGAUCAAGUGACUGGCAGACAACAUUAACAUUUUUCAUUAGCAGAGUAAGAACAGUGCCAUUUUAAGUGUUUAGUGCAGUUCAACUUAUAAAUGAGUAUAUACAAAAAAUAUAAAAGGAGACACAAGAGGUUAUUUGACAGGCAACAUUUUGACUUAACAGAUCUUUGAGAAAAUAGUUACAGCAACAAAGGGCAUUUGACCUUAGCAAGGUGAAGUCGGUUUUAGUACUGUAUGCAGUCAUGUUGGCCAUUUGUCUAAUGAAGACCCACUACGGUCAAAAACAUUGGCUGCCUCAGUACAGUAAAGUUUUAGGGGUUGAACUCCAAAGAGAAGAUAAUCUCUACUUUGUCCUUCACAACCAUUGUACUCAAGGAAAUGAUUACUUUAUCAUAUUAUACUAUUUAAAUUUGCCCAAUUUGGACGUAGACUCAAUGAUUCAACCACAAGUCCCUCAUCCAAUAAUCUUAAAGGAUGUAAAAUAGGAAAAAAAGAAAAAAUGUUUUAUUUUAAAUUUCUGUUAUUUCCUAAUAAUUUCUUGAACAUUUCCUGGAAAGAGCCAUGUUGUUUGAUAAUAAUUAGAGAAAAAUAAGAAAGAAAACUGUGAAGCAGUUUUCUUUAGUUAGUCAACUGAGUUGUGUUGAAUUUAUUACCGGGUUCUAGAAAAUUCUUUGCAUUCAAAAAAUUGCACAAUUGAAACCCCAUUAUUUGCCAUUAAUUUAUUAAUUAAAAUGUUGUUGAAUGGUUGUUUGUAGACAAAUUUCACACUUUGUAUUUAUAAUUAGUAUCAAAAUACUGUAUGCAGUUCUUUCUAGGAAACGUCUUGUGAAAUUGUUUGGAAAUCAACUGGAAUUUUCAGACCUGUAAAAUAAAGUGUUACAGAAAAAACCCACA